GCAUUCCCCCGCAAGCCGGGAAGGAGAUGGGAUGGAAGAGUUCUCUGCAGCAGACUCUCUGCCCAGACCACCCAACACAGCUUUUGCAAGGUAGACUGUGAAUUCCUUUUUGUGGUUACCCCCCACCCACCCCAGUAUGUCUCAGUGGAAUCAAGUCCAGCAACUGGAAACAAAAUUUUUGGAGCAGAUAGACCAGAUUUAUGACGAUAAAUUUCCCAUGGAAGUCCGACACCUAUUAGCACAAUGGAUUGAAAACCAGGACUGGGAAAAUGCAUAUAGCAAUGAACCUAUGGCAGCCAUCCUCUUGCAGAACUUGCUAAUAAAACUGGAUGAACACUUAGACCGUGUUUCCCAAGAGAAGAACCUGCUCUUGAUACACAACCUGAAGAGAAUCAGAAAAGUUCUUCAGGGGAAAUAUCAGGGCAAUCCCAUGCACAUGGCUCUGGUUGUUUCAAACUGCUUAAGAGAAGAAAGAAGAGUAUUGGCUGCAGCCAGCAUGCCUGUCCAGGGACCACUAGGAAGGUCACUACAGAACUCCUUGGUUUCAGAAAGACAGAGAAAUGCAGAGCACAAGGUUUCUGCUAUUAAGAACAGUGCACAGAUGACUGAACAAGAUGUCAAAUAUUUAGAAGACUUGCAAGAGGAGUUUGACUUCAGGUAUAAAACAAUGCAGAGCAUAGAACAGAAUGACAAAAACAGUAUUGCCAUGAAGCAGGAGAUGCUGAUGUUGCAGGAAAUGCUCAAUACCUUAGACUACAGGAGGAAGGAAGUUCUCAGUAAGAUGGCACAAGUAAUAAAGGAAGUUGAAGCCUUGGUGAAUAAUAUGUUAACAGAGGAAUUAUUGGAUUGGAAGAGGCGGCAACAAAUUGCCUGCAUUGGAGGCCCUCUUUAUAGUGGGCUUGAUCAGCUGCAAAACUGUUUCACACUAUUGGCAGAGAGUCUCUUUCAAAUAAGAAGGCAACUGGAAAAGCUGGAUGAGCUUUCGGUCAAACUCACUUAUGAGGGAGACCCCAUUCCACUGCAAAGACCUCACUUGUUGGAAAGAGUGAACUUUUUGCUUUACAGCCUUUUCCAGAGUUCUUUUGUAGUUGAGAGACAGCCCUGCAUGCCAACCCAUCCUCAGAGGCCUUUGGUUCUUAAAACUUUAAUACAGUUUACUGUUAAACUUAGGCUACUUAUUAAACUGCCAGAGCUGAACUACCAGAUCAGAGUGAAAGCUACUAUUGACAAGAAUGCUUCUGUUGUAAGCAACCGCAGAUUUGUUCUUUGUGGCACUCAUGUCAAAGCAAUGAACAUGGAUGAAUCUGCUAAUGGGAGCCUUUCUGUAGAAUUUCGACAUUUGCAACCAAAAGAAAUGAAAUCAUGUGCUGGAAACAAGGGAAAUGAGGGCCCUCAAAUGGUAACUGAAGAGCUGCACUCUAUCAGCUUUGAAACACAGGUCUGCUUAUAUGGAUUGACCAUAGACUUGGAAACAAGUUCUUUGCCAGUAGUGAUGAUUUCUAAUGUUAGCCAAUUGCCUAAUGCUUGGGCUUCUAUUAUUUGGUACAACUUGUCAACAAAUGAACCCCAGAACUUGGCUUUUUUUAAUAACCCACCACCUAUCACUUUAAGUCAGCUCUUGGAAGUGCUGAGCUGGCAGUUUUCAUCAUACGUUGGCCGUGGACUAAAUUCUGAUCAACUUGGCAUGCUGGCAGAAAAACUUAUAGGUCUGCGAGUUAGUUAUAGCGACCAUCAGCUUUCCUGGUCAAAGUUUUGUAAGGAACACUUGCCUGGUAAAUCAUUUACAUUUUGGAUUUGGCUUGAAGCAAUCUUGGAUCUAAUUAAAAAGCACAUUCUUCCUCUUUGGAUUGAUGGAUGUAUAAUGGGUUUUGUGAGCAAAGAGAAGGAACGGAGCUUGCUCAAGGACAAGAUGCCUGGAACAUUUUUAUUGAGGUUUAGUGAAAGCAACUUAGGAGGGAUUACUUUUACCUGGGUAAACCAGUCAGAAAAUGGAGAAGUGCAUUUCCAUUCAGUUGAACCAUAUAACAAGGGUCGUUUAACUGCACUGCCAUUUGCGGACAUUUUACGAGAUUACAAAGUUAUUAUGGCAGAUAAUGUUCCUGAAAAUCCACUGAAGUAUCUUUAUCCUGAUAUGCCCAAAGAUCAAGUCUUUGGAAAACACUACAGCUCUCAGUCAAAUGAAGUAUCAAGACCUAUGGAAGGAGGAACCAAAGGUUACGUUCCGUCUGUAUUUAUUCCAGUCUCCAAAAUCCUGAAUGAUUCCACAGAUCCACCUUCUCCAUCAGACCUUCUCCCUAUGUCUCCAAGUGUCUACGCUGUCUUGAGAGAACACCUAAAUCCUACUGUUAUGGAGACUGCUUUGAGUUCUCCUUAUUCAUCUGACUGACAUUCAGAUUGUGAAGAAUCUAAAGUGCAGAUUUCUUUUUUGAAAAUAUCCUAAAAGAAUAUUUUUCUUGUUUUCCUUGUAAAUAUGUGUUUCCUGGAGACAAACACAGUUCUCUUCCUGGGUCUAGCUCUGUUUUCAUAACUUGUUUAAAUCCAUACAUAGAAACUAAGGUGGUCAGAGCAGGAUUUAAGAUCUUUGACAAGGAAAUAGUGGCAAGGAAAAAUGAGGAAACUGAUGUAUUACUGACAAGCUAGGCAUAAAUUAGGUGUACUGGGAUUAAUAAUCUUACUCCAGUGCCUACUGUAGCUCUAUCAAUACAUUAUGGACAAUAAUGGUUGAACUUCUGUGAAUUUACAUCUUUGUGAAUUUACGUCUAUUUACAUUCUUGUAAAUAGAAGUUGUAUAGAAUUACAACAUCUCCUUUCCAAACAUUGAUCCUUUCUGGAUCCUAAUCUAAAACAUAUGGCCACCGUUCCAGAAUCCAUACUUUCAAUUAAUCUUAUGAAUCACAUGCAUCAACAAAUGUUCUAUAUUUCCACAAUCUCUUUAUUUUUGUGAUAUUUAAAUUCUUUACACAAAACCAUCAUUUUAUAUUUAAAUAUUUUAAACAGUGAUGCAGUGGAAUCCUGAACAGACCAUGUGUGAAAACAACUGUUCAAGCAGCCUUAAAACAACAAUACAACAGCUGAUACGCAGACUAACAAAGCACUAGGGAUGUGCACAAUGUUAAUCUGGAUGUCAGCCUCUGAAUUUCUCUGUGGAUUUAGGAUGUGUCUAGCAAUCUCAAUAACUGAUUUUGUGCUUAAAGUUACAACAAGGCAUUUAUUUUAAAUAAAAGCAUUUUAACUUA